CCACCACCUCCUAGCACUGGAGAGCACUGCAAUGUGGCGUCCAAGCUUAAUUAUCCAGGCAACCCAGAGUGUUGUGUCAAAUCCAGGCCGGGACGACGAUCCACGUUUGCCAUGUCAGGGUCCCAGCCAGCAUCGACAGAUAUCAACCAUCCCAUCCUCCCUUGGCCACCUCUGCAACUGCCAGCCAGCAGAUGGUUACCCAGCUCUGGUCUGCACUGCGUUGCACGCACUGCUUUCCCAGAGAGGCCCAUGGUCUUUGUCGGCCCAAUGGUGGCUGAUGGGGGGGCUGGUAGUCAGUGCGCCAAGGACCCAAGUGUCGUGGAGGGGCCACAAAAGCAGCGGGGAUGGACCAGGGCAUACUGCGUACAGGUCGCAGUGCCCAUGCUGGCUAGCCGCGCCAUCGCAGUUAGCGGAAGAUCAAUAGCCUGGUGGACCAGCAGGAAUGACUCGCCAGCCGGCCCAACCGGCCCAGCACCGGGCCUGCCUCUAGCUCCCUGGGGCGUUCUCCUCCGUCACCUUGCUUUCCAGAUCUGCUGCCGCCAUGCCACCAAGACUGACACGCAUGGCCUAAGAAGCACCAGGAUCGACGUGGAAUAGGGUCCAAGACGUUGGCUUGCCGCAACGUUGGCAUGUGCAUAUAGACGUGCAUGUGCAAUAGCCUUGCUGCGCAUGCAUGAUGGCCAUUACCUACAUACAUCCAUCGCCUGCCGGUGCCGGUCCGUUCAGCCAGGAACCGCCUGGCCGCUUUCACCCCUGGUCAGCCGGGUGGCCUUCCGGACUUGCCUAUCCCGUAUGAAUCUUGGAGAGAACCCAGGCUUCCAGCGAAUCACGCCUCGAAUGUGACAAGGGG